AUGGAUGGCUUGACUGACAAGCUCUACGCGGUGGACCACGAGCGGCAAGAGUGCACCCGAAUGUGGUCCCAGCAGAAGACAGAUGACCUCCUGGCCCAGAUGGACAACAUCGACGAGGAGAUCGCGGAGCCUUUCAAGGAGGCGCUGAAGGCAGAAAUGCGAAGGUACGUCGACGGCCGCUACGCAGACCAGGGAGGCACGAGCACGGGGGCGGCAGCCUACACCCUUUACAGCAGCAAAGGUCAGGAGGUCGGUGGUGACAUUGAGCUUACGAUCAUCAUCGCAGCGCGGCGUGCGCGGCCACGGGGUCUCUGGUCGGGCACCUGGACCUCCCAGUACGGAUCCUUGCAGCCUGUGGCCUUCUGUGAAUCCUAG